GGUCCUGUCGAGGUCAAGUUUCUGCCGCCCAGUCUAGGAAAGAAACAUACCGGCAACGGUUAUAUUGUGCUUGAACAACAGUACGCAAACCGUGUGCAUCGUUGAAAUGGCUGGCAAGACGGAUGCAAAAUCCCGGGACGGUGCCUCGAAGAAGCGGAAGCGGGACUUGAACGAUAAGGAACGAGCAGCCGAUGUGAAAAGACAUCACAAGGACGAGAAACUCGCGAAACAGAAGGCUUCCAAGCGCGACGCCGAGGAAGCUGAACUCAAGGGAAAUGCCCUGAAAGUUCUGGCCGAUAUCAAAGCCGACGGAGGCUCCGAACGAGUUGCCAACGACGCACCUGGAGGCCACGACAACAAGGCCCCUGCUGCCCAAGCCGUGGGGUGGAAACUGUCUUCGCCCUUGGGCGGCAGAAUCGCUGACAUCGACCCUGUCUUCAGCGAAGAUGAGUCACAUCUCAUCCUGACCUAUCAGACGUCUAUCCAAGUCUAUUCCGUGGCCGACUCCCUUCUUGUCCGAAAGAUUCCCCUGCCCAUGAUCAAAGAUGGAGAGCGGAAACCGACACCGUUGCUUGUGGCCACUUGUCUCUCGCGUGUAGAACCGGACUUUGUCUGGGUUGCUUGCUCGGAUGGGCGUAUUUGGAAGAUAAACUGGCGGCACGGCUCAAGACCCGACGACACCUUGCACACGAAGUCACAGACCGCCCUGGACAUGUGCGUUGUCCCGAUCACGACCAACAAAUCCGCUGCCGACGUUCUCUAUGUAUCGGAGAAACGGAGAGAUGCUGGCUCGAUAUCUGCCUACUGCCGCAAGAAUGGUUCUCACCUUGUGUCCAAGGUUCUCUUCGAAACGCAACAGCCAGACCAUGAAAUACAUCUCUUGCGCUCAACAAGCAACGGCUCGGCAUUGGUGGGAGCGCAUGCAGAGGGUCUGGUAGUAGGCACAAUUCAGGUUGGAAGCGCGAAAGACGGGCUCGAUCUGGAGAGCGAGUUCUAUUCAUUCGAGACCAGCGACAUUGUCUGCACCCUAGACGUCAGGUCCUCACCCCGGAAACAAGCAACGUCCACGCCCAAGAAACAGUCAGGGAGAGUAACGUCGGAAAUUAUUGAUGUGGUCACUGGAGGCGCACGAGGUGCCAUGUUGAUCUACAAUGACCUCCUGAACAAGUUGCACAAUCUACGGGGAUCCAAGUCCAAGAAGGAAGAGAUCCAAGCUCGGAAGGUUCACUGGCACCGGAGAGCGGUCCAUACCGUCAAAUGGUCAAGGGAUGGCCAUUACAUGAUUUCGGGUGGUUCGGAGAACGCCUUGGUCCUCUGGCAGGUCGAUACUGCCAAACAGAAUCUCCUGCCUCAUCUUCCCGGUAGCAUUGAAAAUGUCACAGUGUCGCCUUCGGGGUCAUCCUACGCAGUCCACCUGGACGAUAACUCGGCGAUGGUCAUCUCGACCUCGGAGCUGAAGCCGACAACAUACGUUUCAGGAAUUCAGUCUGCCGCACGUUUCACGACCCGACCAAAGGAUUUCGUCGUCACAAGGCUGAGCGAAGUGUCGAGAGAAGUCCGGAAACCGAUCCCGGCGGCUUUGAACCCUUUGGACGCAUCGAAAUUCUACGUCUGCGUUGGAACCGGACAGCAAGCUGCCAUGGCGGGAUCCCAGCAAUCGGCACCCAUCCUUCAGUCAUUCGACCUCAGCCUCUUCAGGGGUAUCUCCAAGCAAGCCCUUGCGAGGACGCAACCGACAGACGUCAACAUUACGACCGAAGGCCAUGCGAUAUCCGAGCCAACGAUCACACACUUAGCGUUCUCCUCGGACGGUAGUUGGCUGGCCACCAUUGACGACUGGAAGCCUCCUGCAAGGGACAUUGAGAAGGUAGCCGCAGAUGCGCAGGAACAUUUCAUGCAGGAACGUCGUGAGAUUUAUUUGAAGUUCUGGACAGUCUCUCCUGACGACAACUCGCUGGCCCUUACCUCAAGGAUCAACUCCCCUCACUCGACAAGUCGACCCGAGACUGUUUUUGCUCUUGCAGCAGACCCACAGUCCGCCCGUUUCGCUACCUUGGGCGACGACGGCCUCGUUCGCAUCUGGCAUUGCAAGACGAGACAGCGAGACGGCCUCACUUCGACAGACGCUAAGGGCCAGACUCUCCAGUCUUGGACCUGCGCCGCCACCACGGCCCUGGGAAGCAACGUCGGCGCGGAUGUCCUCGUGGCUUCGGAUGGUCACCCCCCACGCAGCCGAAGUGGGAGUCUCAGCUUCUCCGAGGACGGCUCCACGCUGUUUGUCGCUUUCGGAAGCAGAAAUGACGGGACGGUUUUUGUUGUCGACACACAAUCGGGCCAAGUGAGGACGACGCUGGAGAACCUGUGGCGGGGAGACGUACGACACCUACGGGUCCUCUCACCCUACAUCAUUACGCUGUCGGAUGACUUGAGGGUGUAUGACGUCGUCGCGGACGAACUGCAAUACGGCAUCAAGCUUCCAAAACAAGAGGAGACGCUAUCGUGGGCGGGAUUUGCACAUCUAGAGGUCGACAGACGGUCUCGGACCUUCGCCCUUGUGGCUCCAGGCAAGGAGGGCUCGCAGAUGGCCGUACUGAGACCCGAGGAUCCUCGAGCGCUUUUCAUGGAAUCGAUUCCUCACAAGAUCACCAGCUUGGUGUCAUCGCCGAGCUCUUCCGGGUUUGUUGCUCUCGAUGAUGCGGCUCAGCUGUGGUCCGUCACGGAGAGUUCGGAUCAGGCUGCGGUUUCGCUUUCCAUGCCUCUAGAAGACCUCGGUCUAGACAAGGUGUCGGCUGAUCAGACGAUUGCGCACCAAGGAAUUGUACCGCUUCAGCAGGAGGAAGAUGGUGAAUACGAGGAGGAGAACAGCGGCGAUGAAGAAGUGGCAGCUGGUGACGAGAUGGAUGUGGACGACGGCGAAGACGAUACUCAUGCUGCGGUCAUCAGCCGGCAACGGUUGGCCGAACUGUUUGAUGCUGCUCCAGCGUUUGCGAUGCCGUCGAUCGAGGACAUGUUUUACAAGGUCACAGAACUUAUAUCUGCGAAACCCUUAGCGACUUCGAGUGCCUGAGAAGUCCCAUUAGGUAUAUAAUUAGGCACCGAACCAAGACAUAGCAAGCAUAUCUCUCUGUUCUGCUUUUCACUGUCCCAGCACGGAUGCUC